ACACAACCCAAAAUUGUGCUAUUAAAUUGUGUUCAUCAACAUUAAAUAUCCAUUAUCUUUGUUUUCAUUUGCACAUUGAAAUAUUAACAAUUGCAUAAACGAAAUUAUUAAAUUACAAUGAAAUCCAACCAAUUAAAAAAUUGUACCUUUGUUUUUGACACCAUUGUGACAAAGUUUGAAGCACCAAACGUACAAAUUAAAGACCCCAAAAAAUUGCAAGUAACUUUAACAUUUAAUAAUAAAACAGUAGGCCUAACAGCAAGCCGCAUAAAUGUUACCGAAUUUAAAGUCGGUUCUAGCACUGAAUUUGAGGAGGACCCGGCAAAGCUGCGCAAGAACCUAGAAAAAUGUGGUAUACCCAUUUCGGUCAAGUACAAUGGUCGCGCUCUCGGUACCGGUCAGAUCAUUUUGCCCAACACCAUCACUGAUAGCAUAGUAGACCAAAUGACUGAUCUGAUGAUCUCGGAAAAAUGUCAAAUUGAGGAAAAAGGUGAAGAGGUAGGCACUGUUGAGGUGCUCUGCCGUUUAAUUAUUAAGUGCGAAGAUAAGCCAAAGACAGGAGAGGUUGGCUGUCUUCCGAGUAUGGCCACAUGCAUCAAUUUGCAAGACAUAAUGUUUCUUCUGAGCGAGUCCCAGCGAUGCCCAAGCCCUUGCGAUCCUUGUUUGGAUGCACUGCAGCCAGAGGAGGGCGAUGAGCGCCUAAAUUUAGAUUUAAAACGCUAUGAAAGCGUCUCUGUUGGCUCCCCCAAGCCCAUUGAAACUUUCACAAAUGAUCCCACAGGCCAUUCUAUCUGUAGAGAGCUAAAGAAAAUGUCCCUAGAGUAUGGAGAAAUUAUUGACUCGGUUCUAAAGCGCACUGGUCAAUCGCAGCCUUUCAUGGGGCCUGAUCAGAUGUCCAAAAAACUGGGAAGUCCUUGUCCGUCAAACGUUUCGCAAGAGAACACAAAGGUGCCACCCGGGGAAAUCAAUUUUGAGACGGUGACCCAAACCAAUCCGAAACGUUUCUGCCCUGUCUGCCUGAACAAUAUGUCAUGGAUGCCGAAAUUCGCUGCAUGUCCAAAUUGUAACGUUAAACCUAUGCCGGUCAUAAAUAUUGAGAAGGAACAGACGCCAACAGCGAAAGAUGUACUAAUUGAAUAUAUGGGCAAGCCGCCGGAGACUAUUGAAGAUUACUGUAAGAGUUUGUCUACAAAGCCCGCUGAGGAAAAUUUUAGUAAAGUGUGCCGAUGCACCUGUAAGUUCGGAAAACUCUGUGCCCACUGCCGAGUACGCGAAAUGUGCGCAAAUUUCUUUAAAUCUGAAAAAAACGUGGAGUCUGCGCCCGAGUCUGAGGCCAGUGAGGUAGAUCCAACCGGCGAUAUUUGUUUAUCGCUUGUCAAAUCAGAAAUGUCUCGCCCAUUCCUGGCUCGUGUAUUCUCUGAGUUACGCGAUUUGCACAGCAUUGAUAACACCAAGCGGGCGUCUGAGCUUGAAAGGGAAUGUAAUCAACAGUCGACACGAAAGAAAUCCCGACAUAUACUUAGCCUGUCCCGUAAAAAUCAGAAAAAAAGAACUACAAUUGCAGAGCGUAGAGAAUUGACAAGACGUUGCAUUAAUGUCCAGAAUUCAAAGAAGCCCAAUCGCAAGCUCCCAAAUACAAAUACAGGCCACAAAACCUGCAAUGCUGGGCCGGGCCUGGUUUCGCGUCGUCACGGCUGGAAUUGGGCCAACAGCCAGGAGGCGCGGAAGUUUGGCUGGCGUCCCGGGACAGUAUCUAAGCCUAUUAAAAGGCUUAUGAAAUUUUUCUUACGUAACUCGGAAGAGCAUAAUGUAUGCAAGCAAGUAGAAGAAAGAGAAAUCAAGAAGGAAAGAGAACUUCCCAUUCUGAACAUGUCCAAAAAGAAUGGUGAAAUCUUCAUAACCCUGAGAGCGAUCAAUAAUAAUAACGCUAAGAUGGAACCAAUUACAUUUAAGGUGGUCAAAAGCGAACUGGCUAAGAUUCUUAGCGAGAUAAAAAAGAACCUCAAGGACAAGGGAUUUCGCAAGUGCACCUGCCACAGGACCUUAUUGUUGUGUACCUGUCGAACCUUCAUGGAAAGGGAGAAGCUUAAGAACGCACUGCAAGAGGAAUGCCACAGUCGUGGCAUAGAAACUUGCGUAAAUGAUCUGGUGCUCACAGACACGAGUGAAAGCGACGUGGACUUUGACUUCAAUGUGACACCACCGGCGGGGGUGGCGAAGCCUCCAUUACCAAAGCCCCACACCGUCGCGCGUAGCACACAGACGGCCAAGCCCGACUUAAAAGUGCAACCAAAGUAUCCAAAGCCGCAAAGCUUCUAUUGGCGAGCCUAUAACUGUGCAGCAGGCGAUCGCUAUACGAGCACGGCUUUCGGAUGUCCUGGUGAAGUUGUUUUCGAGGAUGGCGCCUUUAAUAGUAAAGGUGGCGGGCCACACGGUGUGUCUGCUUGUCCAGGAGGUAGGCCAAAACCCGCAGCUAUUUGGGGUGAUAAGCCCGGUGGACCUAUGCGUGGACCUAUUCGACAACAAGGAAAUCUAGCGAAGAUGCCAUUUGGGCAUAGUAAAGAUAAGUCUGGAAAUGGUAAUAAGCCCAUUCCAGUGAGGAUGCCUAAGCGUUUUUUGAAACCUGCCUUAGAGGCUGCUGAAGCGGAAAAAAAUGCCGAGAGGCUGAAAGCAGAAAAGAAAAAGAAAGGUCCCGACAUGAUGAAAUAUAUGAUAGAUCACGGCGAAAUUGCUAGACCAUGGAGUGUUAACAAUCCCGACGCUGGCAAAGGUCCUAAGACUAAGCCUAGCGCCAUGAUAGGCGCGGAUGGCCUCACCAGCGCACAACGCAAGCGUAUCGCUCUCCUCCAAGUGCCCAUGCCCCCAAUCGACACCAUCACCCGCCUUGGUAAGGGUUAUGCUGCUGACUGCUGUUAUUCUCAUGCGGCCCGAUGCUAUAACCCAUGUGGGGCACAGUGCUACGACUCAUGUGCCUACUACUGCUAAGAGCAGAUCGCGUACUUUCGAGCAUAUGCUAAUUGCAUACAUGGAACAAAAUCUUCAGAUGUCUUUUUUAGAUUGCGUACAUGAAUUCUUGAACCAUCAUUGGGGUUGUGCAUUAAUCGAUUCACUGAAGCACAUCUGAUGCGUGUGUUAAAGUAAGCUCUGAGCCAUUUUAUGAGCCAGAACGAAGUAUAUUACUAGAUAUGAUUCCAGAGCUUUUAAAAAAUUUAAAUGUAAGAUGCCUGUGCGCUGCUCAGAAAGAUUCUCUUAAUUUAAAUAUUUAUGUUAUAAGCCCGCCAUGAUGCACUAUAGAGUUCUAAAUAAUUUAAUAAAUAAGUGGACAAUUUACUCAAUU